AACACCCCAAAAGUAACCACAUUUUCAAUUCAUUCGGUGAUCCCUAAACAGUAGCUAGAGGUAAUUUGUAAGAAAAAUCCACAAUGGAGCAGCCGGAAUCCGAAACCAACAACGAACUGGGAGACAAAAAGUCGUACGCCGGAAUCCCCGAGGCCGAGUUUGUCGAAGACGUGGACGCUUACAUGGGACGUCCGGAAAACAACAAAAACGUCGACGAAGUGUUGAAAAAGCUAGACAACCAACAUGCCAAAUACAAAUUCAUGGAAUAUAACCUUCUUUCGAAGAAGAAGCGCCUGCAGAACCAAGUACCAGAACUGAAGCGUUCCCUGACCAUGAUCGAGAAAUUAGAGGAGCAGAAGAAGGAGUUCGAGACGCAGUUUUUGCUCAGUGAGCAGGUUUUCGCGAAGGCGAAGAUUCCGCCUACGGAGACGGUUUUCUUGUGGCUGGGUGCAAACGUCAUGUUAGAAUAUAGUUUGAAAGAUGCUCAAGACCUUCUCACGCAGAACAUUGCUGCCGCGUCGAGGAAUUUAAAUUACGUCGAACAUGAUUUAGACUUUUUAAGGGAUCAGUUUACAACAACUGAGGUGAAUAUGGCUAGAGUUUUCAACUGGGACGUUAAGAGGAGGCAGGCUGCCAAAGCCGCGGCUAAGUGAACUCGGGAUUUGAGUAACCAUCGCACCACGUUUAUUUAACUCAUAUCAUUAAGAAAAGUCCUACAAUCUUGCUUAUGGUGUAACUCGUCCAAUUUGCAAACACUUUAAUGUUUGAUAUUUUUAUGAAAAGAUGAAAUUUCGGAGCUUGCACUUUUUUCUGCAAGUGUUUCAUUGUCGGCUAACUAUUGCUUGAAAUUUAGAAUUAGCAUUUACUUGAUUUGUUUUAACCAUGUUCUCAUAAGGAAUCUGAAUAAAGUAAUUUAUUAAUGAAA